AUGUCUAAGCGAAAGCUCGGAAGCCAGAGCCCGCCCAACAUGGCUGCGCAGAAGAAGAAGACUCGGGUGGUGCCAGACCCGAAGCUGUGUCGCUGGACCGCUGAGGGCUUCGACCACAUGGUUUACACACCUCCGACAUCCUCGCUGCCAUCUCCAUUCGGUGUCGACAUCCAGUUGGAUCAGGACACGAAGGACACCAUUGCGCAAUUCGGCCCGGCUGUUCAGGUUUCAUUUGAAGCAACUCUCAGAACUGCCGACAAGGUUAAGGGUCGCCAAACACUUCUGGACUUGUGCAACGAUGAACGGAUAGGUUGGAUCGACCCUUUGCAACCCGUCAUAUUGACAGCAGGUGCAGGGAUAAAUUUAUCCCAGAGGGACGGCGGAACAAGGGUUAUCAGAUUUCGAAAGGUCUUCACUGCAUAUGCUAUCAGAUGGUUCGCUUUCGUGCAAAGAGGCGCCCAUCUGACUGUCAACGGACAGAGUUACCCAAAUACGCACGACAUUGUCAUCGGACCUUUGGCUCCAUUUUCAGUUUUAGAGUAUAACGAUCGAGCAGUUUUUCUGUACCUGAACCGCGAGAGUGUCGAAUACAAGCCAGGCGGACCUGGAUUGCAGCCCGCUAUCAGCCGCGUUCUCGCAAGUCUCAAGAAUGACCAUGACUCCGGAAGUAAGGAUGGGACAACAGUGGCGAAGGCUGCCUUGACUACAGGAGCGCCCAUCGCCACCCAGACAAGUGUAAAGAUCGAGCCCGAAAUCCAACCCGAUGGUAGCGACCCGUGUGAAUACUAUAGAUCGCGAAUGGAGGAGUGGAGGCUUCUUCAAACACGAUCCGGCACUGUGCUGAUCGAUCCUGCCACACCAGCUGGUUUCUACUACACUGGAGAGUGGCUUGUGGACUCAGUCGUGUUCCGAGCAAUUGCUUCGGUCACUACAGCAAUCGGAUUGGAGAAUAAUAUGGAUUUCGCCAUGAUCGAUGAGUGGGGUUACGGACUAGCAAGAAGGUAUCCUCCCACCAAAGGCAUGGAGAGCCUACCACUCACAGCCACUGGUCGCAAUAAAGAUCUCUUCUUACCUUAUAACACGAGUGAGGAAGGAAAUCAUUGGCUACUUGUACAUGUCAAACAUGUAAACGACAGACCUGAGAUUCAUAUCUAUGAUUCGCUGAAUAUGAUGAUAGGCUCCGAUGAACCCAUCAAGAGGAUUGUCGUUAACACGACAUUGUAUGAUGUCGACAAGGAUGUUGACGACGAUGUACGCAAGAUAGACCUCAUACACCAUAACGUGGCAAGACAACCGGGUAGUUGGCAAUGCGGGUACCUGACCAUCCUCAAUGCCUGGUGUGUUGCACUCGGUAUGGAGCCAGGAGCCAAGCGCCACGAUGCAACUUCGAUGCACAGAAUUCAGGACCUUAUUGGUAUGAUCAACUUGUCCAUGGCUGGAUUCAUGGACUCGGCCACCAUCCAAGCCUUUAUGCGCUGUGUCGGCUUCGUCGAUGCUGAUCACAACACCGUCGCCUCUGAUCGCCACUUCACCCGCAGCGUACCUUUCUUGACCAAGGAGUCGCUAAACAGAUACAUCCUCAUGCGCAGAGAGCUUGAGAAGCAUCCCGAAUCAGCCAUUAGACGUCUUGAUCUGGCUACCAUUCGCUUCCUUUUGGAUCCUGAGUUGGGCGAUUUCGAGGAUCUUGAUAACAUGAAUCCUGAAACCCUCCUUGAACACUUCGACAGAUGGUUGAAAGAUCGAAAUUUGGUCGAGGGGGACCCUACAUCACCACUUAGCCCAAUCAGUCCAGACACCAUACGCUUGACGUUUGGUAUUGCAAGAUCGACAAACACUGGAGAUGCACCGCUACCUGCCGUUCCCGAUGACACGAGACUACUUCGCAAGAUCUGGAACAUCUACCAUAAGAUGCUUAAACGACAAGGUCAUCUGAGAUUGGCACGUCAAGAAAGAGCCAAAGACAUAGCAGAUGGUCACUACUCCACUCAAGAGAUGGGCGACCAUCCUGAAUACCCUUACGGUGAUCCCAGGGUUGUUGCUCUUGAUAGGCUUGGAAUGUUGCCGACCAAACACGCUCUCACAGCGGUUGAGCAACAAGCCAUCAGAGGGAAUUCACGACCUGUGAUUAAGCUCAAACUGAAGCACAGUUGA